AUGGCCUUCUUUGCCACUUCCACCUCCACCUCCACCUCCACCUCCACCUCCACCUCCACCUCCACCUCCACCUCCACCUCCACCUCCACCUCCACCUCCACCUCCACCUCCACCUCCACCUCCACCUCCACCUCCACCUCCACCUCCACCUCCACCUCCACCUCCACCUCCACCUCCACCUCCACCUCCACCUCCACCUCCACCUGGACAACGGUCUCUACGGCGCCCAGAACCAGACUGCUGCGGGUGGCUAUGGCGGUGCGCAGGACCAGCCCUGCAUGA